AUGAAGAAGUUCGACGAAAUUUUGGGCAUUAUUGGAGAAUUCGGAUUUUACCAGAAAUGUGUUUUUCUGCUGUUAUGCCUGCCCCAUUUGAUGUCUGCAUUCCAUAUGGUAAUGAGCGUGUUUGUUCUAGGAAUUCCAGAUCACAGAUGUGCCAUACCAGGGUACCCUAACGAUACAUUUGCCAUCCAAAGUCCAUCUCAUGAAGCUUUGGUCAAUCGACUCGUGCCGCCGUCGACGGACGAAACCCUGGAUUACGCCAAGUGUGACCUGUAUGAUCGGUCGUACGACGGUGAUGAUAACUCUACCGACCUAAAGGCCUGUACGAGUUGGGUUUACGACAAGAGCAUCUUCAUCAAGACCUUCACGUCGGAGCAAAACAUCGUGUGUGAAGACAAAUUGAAGACGUCCCAUGCUCAGAUGAUAUUUUUCGGUGGUGUGUUGGUAGGGGCUAUAGGCUUGGGAUCUUUGUCAGAUAUAAUUGGAAGGAAAAAGACAUUUAUCUCCUUUUUGAUGCUACUUGGAACAACGCUAAGUUUAGCAUGGGCUCCGGAUUUCACUACCUUCUGUAUUCUUCGGUUCCUUAUAGGAGCAUCAUGCGCUGGGAUGUUCAUGACUGCAUUUGUCAUCGAGUAUUUCUUUGCCUUGGGCAUUGUCAUAUUGGGUGGAGUAGGCUAUGCCUUCAAGGAGUGGAAGUCUAUUCAGAUUGCAUGUGCCGCUCCCUCGGCAUUCUUUCUUCUUUACUGGUGGUUUAUCCCUGAGUCACCGAGAUGGCUGAUCAGUCAAGGUAAAAUCGAGGAGGCCAACAAGAUCAUCCAGAAGGCGGCCAGGGUAAACAAGGUGACGAUUCCAGAGAAUAUUCUGACUGCUGAAUCCAUAGGAGAACCGGAAUCUGGUCGCCUAUGGCACCUGUUUACGUCACGUGUUCUCCUUAUAAGGACACUCAUCAUAUUCUUUAAUUGGGGAGUAGUCAGCAUGGUUUACUACGGACUUUCUUUGAACACUGGAAACCUCGGAGGUGAUUUCUACAUCAAUUUUCUGGUGUCCGGCCUAGUGGAGUUUCCCGCCUAUACGCUAUGUCUCCUUCUACUUGACCGGGUAGGCAGACGUCUUCUGCAUGCCUCAUGCAUGAUAAUUGGUGGCGUUGCUUGUAUUGUUACUCUCUUCCCCAUGCUUUACGCAGACGAAAGUCUCCAGCCCAUUACUGUCACUCUGGCCAUGUUGGGUAAGGUUGGAAUAGCCGCUGCCUUCGCUGUCAUAUAUGUGUGGUCAGCAGAGUUAUACCCAACCGUUGUAAGGAACGCCGGAAUGGGUGCCAGCUCCUCGUGCGCUCGUAUAGGGGGCAUGAUUGCGCCGUACAUAGCCGACCUGAGUAAGGUGGUAGAGGGUAAUUUAGGACGCGCGUUACCCCUGGUGGUGUUCGGUGGGGCGUCUGUUGUAGCUGGGAUAUUGUCAUUAUGGUUGCCGGAAACUAACAACAAAGAUCUUCCCGAAACUCUUGAGGACGGAAGACGAUUCGGUAGGAAAGAGUCGUCGGAAAAAUACGAACCACAGCUUGACUAUGACAACAAGGCAUUUGAUACAGAAUCAGGUAUCUCCCAGGGAGUCCAUAUCGCAACAAAAUUAUGA